AGUAUUUUACCUGGAGUGAGGUUCUUUUUAUUGACAUUUGUAUGUUGGGUAACUAAGUUAAUGAACAAGUCAUGGCAGAUAAUGAAGUAUGUGCCGGUUGUCUCAGAGAUAAUGAAGAAGAGAUUGCUGUCCUGUGGUGUAAUGAUUGUGAGGAACCUGUGUGUCGACCUUGCGGUAAAGCCCAUAGAAGAUUUGCCAUACCCCAUGACGUCAUUGACAUAAAAGAUAUAUCAAACGUUAGCAAAACCAUGUCCAAAAUUUGCAAAGAACAUGCCGGACAGAAAUUAAUCUUUUUUUGUGUAAAUCACGAUAAAAUAUUGUGUCCUGCUUGUUUAUCUGAAUUACAUCAGGAGUGUGAUAUUAACCAUAUAGAGAAAGCUGCCAAAGGAAUCAAGGAUAGCUCAGCAAUACAUGAUCUCAAAGAACGAAUACACAACCAGAAAGGUGUCAUAGAAAAAGUGAAAGAAGAAUAUAAUGGGCUGUCUAGCAAGAUAGGCCACGACAAGAAGCAGCAACAUGAACGACUAAAACAAUUACGUUCAACCAUUGAAGACCGUUUGAAUCAAUUGGAUAAAAAUAUAGAUACCCAUUAUAACCAAAGUGUUGAAAAAAUAUCAAGCAACACAGAACAAUUGACGUCUCUAGCACAAACAACGCAAGCCAACCUGCAAGAUAUUGAAAAGGCAGAAACCGAAGAAAGUGAAGUAAACUUAUUUCAUCUCGUGAAACAUCUCGACACCAGUCAAUUGUCAGAUGAGGAAAAUCUUCAGUUUUUAGGGAAUGAUAUAAGCAAUAUGUCGUUACAGUUUAUUCCUGAGAAUUUCAUUGAAAAGGUUGACGCAAUGUUAAAUGAAUUUGGUAAUUAUGAUCAAACCACGUCAUUAAAAAGCCAGCAAAGUGGGACUAGGACCAGGCAGUCACAAUUACGCGUGCAUUUAGAUGAACAACAAAUCCUUAAUCAAACAAGAAUAUUUCACGCAGGGGAGUCUACUAAAUUUUAUGCAUGCUGCUUCAGCGACGACAACAAGGUUGGAGUAAUCGAAGAGCAAUCAGUUAUUGACGAUCAUUCUGGUCCUUUCAGUUUUACAACUGAAACUAUAUACUUGCGAAUCAUAAACCCGAAGGAUUGCAAGUCUCGCGCUUUCAAACUUGACCGUAAAUAUAAUUUUAUAUGUAAAGAUACUAUUUGUUGGUUCGAUCGAAACAACAUACUGAUUGUUGAAAAUAAUUAUGUUCACGUUAUUGACCUAGAAUUAGAGGAUAUUUAUCGUACAAUUAAAGUAAUCCACUUUAAUGGUAGUUUGGCAACAUGCAAAUGGAUAACUUGUAUCGAAAGUCAGAUUUUGGUAUUUUGUGAUGACAAAUGGAUUUCUUGGAUAGAUUACAAUGGAAAAAGUGUGAAAAGGGUUGAAUUUGAAAAGGAUGUUUAUGAUCUAGAUAUAUUUGAUAAUAAAGUAUACUGUACGUUCAAGAACUUAAACGAUAUCAAAUACACAACGUUCACUAAUGCUACUCAAACAUGUUACACUAGCUUAGAUCUGAGAAAAAGCUGUAGAAUUGCAGCUGGUGAUAAUCUGAUAUUUCUCAUGGAGAAGGAAAGAAACACCAUCUAUAGAAUAGAUCUCAAGACCAAACAACGUUCUACGUUUCAUAAGGACGAGAUCACUAACCCAACACAUAUACAUCUUAAUAAUAAGACGAAAGAACUAGCAGUGACAUUUGAUGAAGGGAACAGUUUGAAAAUCUUUAGUGUAGGUAUGUAAAAUGGAAAUAACGUAUCUGGUGCAGACAAAUUGUUGUGUUUUUAGAAAUUUCAUGAUAGUGAUUUAAUAAAACAAUGACGUUAAGGAA